UUCUAAAUUAAUUAAACUUUAAAAAAAAAAAAAGAAACAAUCCAGGGGAGUUGCCAGCUUCGUAUUGUCGUAGAAGAUACUUUAGAAUAUAGUCGCUGGUUCUGUGCCAGGUGUCAUCGUGCCUAGUCCAGCCCUUGGACAGGAGGGCUUAUUUCUGGCCCUACUUUGAAGCCCAGAGCUGGCACUGACCACACCUCCCUCUCUAACCUCCACUUUUUCAGACUAUGCAGGUGGGAAUUAUGAGAGACAGCGGGCUGUGUGUGUGUGUUGGGGAGCCCACAGGAAAUAUCGCGAGAACUUCCUCCGUAGCCAAAUUUCCGGUGGUUCUGCUACACCUACCGCGAUAUUUCCGGACGCACGGGAGCCUGAGUGGCUGAGGGUUUCCGUGUAUCAUGGCGGUCGGCGUGGAUUGUACCAUAAGAGAUAAAAUUUUUCUUCUGAGGACUACUUUAGCUGCACCCCCAAAACUUUGAGUGGCUAUAUGAAGGAAGAAGUGGAAGAUUGUGCUGAAGAUGAGGCGACUGAGUCGAAAGAAAACCUUGAACUUGGUGAAAGAGUUGGAUGCCUUUCCAAAGGUUCCUGUCAGCUACGUAGAGACUUCAGCAAGUGGGGGUACAGUUUCUCUAAUAGCAUUUACUACAAUGGCUUUGUUAACCAUAAUGGAAUUUUCAGUAUAUCAAGAUACUUGGAUGAAGUACGAAUAUGAAGUAGAUAAGGAUUUUUCUAGCAAAUUAAGAAUCAAUAUAGAUAUUACUGUUGCUAUGAAGUGUCAAUAUGUUGGAGCUGAUGUAUUGGAUUUAGCCGAAACAAUGGUUGCAGCUGCAGAUGGUCUAGUUUAUGAACCUGUAAUAUUUGAUCUCUCACCCCAACAAAGAGAGUGGCAGAGAAUGUUACAAACAAUUCAGAGUAGACUGCAAGAGGAACAUUCACUACAAGAUGUGAUAUUCAAAAGUGCUUUUAAAAGUGCCUCAACAGCACUACCCCCAAGGGAAGAUAAUUCAUUACAACCUCCGGAUGCAUGCAGAAUUCAUGGUCAUCUAUAUGUCAAUAAAGUAGCAGGGAAUUUUCACAUAACUGUGGGCAAGGCAAUUCCACAUCCCCGAGGUCAUGCACACCUGGCGGCACUUGUCAGCCAUGACUCCUACAACUUUUCUCAUAGAAUAGAUCAUUUGUCUUUUGGUGAACUUGUUCCAGGAAUUAUUAAUCCUCUAGAUGGAACUGAAAAAAUUGCUAUUGAUCAUAACCAGAUGUUCCAGUACUUUAUCACAGUUGUGCCAACAAAACUCAAUACAUAUAAAAUUUCGGCAGACACCCACCAGUUUUCAGUGACAGAAAGGGAACGUGCCAUUAACCAUGCAGCAGGAAGCCAUGGAGUAUCUGGGAUAUUUAUGAAAUAUGAUCUUAGUUCCCUUAUGGUAACAGUGACUGAAGAGCAUAUGCCAUUCUGGCAGUUUUUAGUGAGACUAUGUGGUAUUAUUGGAGGAAUUUUCUCAACCACAGGCAUGCUUCAUGGAAUUGGAAAAUUCCUAGUUGAAAUAAUUUGUUGUCGUUUCCGACUUGGAGCCUACAAACCUGUUACUUCUGUCCAGGAUGGCCACACAAACAACCACUUACCUCUUACAAAAAAUAGUAUACAUAACACCUCCUGAGAAGAG